AUGUCAUCAUCUUCAAACAAUCCCAAUCCUUUAUUACAAGCGAAUAUCUUUUCACGCUUUUUUCAUUGUUGGCUGUCUUCUUUAAUUACGAAAAGUCACAAACAAGGGACACUUCACCUUGAUGAUGUUUAUAAUCUUCCUGAUUUUCUUAAAUCAACACCAUUGACCAAUAAGUUAGAAGCAAAUUGGUUCGAUGAAAUAAAACGAUGUCCACAAAAUCCGAAUUUACUUCGAGCUACAUUACGUACUAUGGGAUGGAAAUUAAUACUUUUCGGUCUUUUACUAAUUCCUCUUGAAUCAUUAAAUAUUGUCCAACCAUUAUUACUCAUCUAUUUCAUGAAGUUUUUCGAACCAUGUUCAACAAUGUUUUUUUGGCAAGCUUGGUUAGCAGCUUUGGCUGUUAUUAUGGUACUUCGUUUAUCAAGUCAUACAAUGAAUAAUUUCAGUUCUGGUGAAAUUACAAAUUUAUUAGCAAAUGAUGCCAAUAAAGUAGAAUUGGUUCAUUACUUUUUGAAUUAUUUAUGGGUCGCUCCACUACAAAUCAUUGUAGUUAUUUUUCUAUUGUGGCAUUUUAUUAAAUAUAUUACUUUUAUUGCUAUUGGAUAUACGUUAGUUCUCUUAUUAAUUCAACCAUUACUCAGUCGUCUAUUUCUUCGUUUACGUACUGAAGUUUUAAAAAUAACUGAUGAACGUGUGAAAAUUAUGUCUGAAAUUAUUAAAUCAAUGCGAAUUGUAAAAAUGUAUUGUUGGGAAUCAGCAUUCGAAAGAAAAAUUUGUCAUAUAAGAACACGUGAAAUAAUUAAAACUACUCUAUUUAUGAUGUGUACUUGUAUUGAAACAGUUUUAUCACAUAGUUAUAUUAGUAUAAUAUUUUUAAUGAUGUAUGGAACAAUGUGGUUAUUUGAUAUGAAAUUUGAUACACUUCGAUUAUAUGGAUCAUUUUGUUAUGUACCACAAGAAUCAUGGAUAUUCUCAUCAACAGUAAAAAAUAAUAUUCUUUUUGGUAAAAAAUAUAAUUAUAAGUUGUUUCAACGUGUUGUCCAUGCAACUGCUCUUGACAUAGAUUUUGUUCAAUUACCUCAUGGUGAAAAUACUCUUGUUGGUGAUCAAGGUGUCAUGUUAUCUGGAGGUCAAAAAGCACGUGUCAAUAUGGCAAGAGCACUUUAUCAUGAUGCUGAUAUUUAUCUAUUAGAUGAUCCACUUUCAGCUGUUGAUAGUAAAGUUUCUAAACAUCUCUUUGACAAAUCAAUCAAAUAUUAUCUUCGUGAUAAGAUUCGUAUUUUAGUUACACAUCAAAUACAAUUUUUACAAGGUGCAACUAAAAUUAUUGUUCUUGAUAAUGGUGAAAUGAUACAAAUGGGAACAUAUGAAGAAUUACUUGUAUCUUCACCAUCAUUUGCUCAACUUCUUGAAGAUAUUAAUCAGCAUGAACAACAACAACAACAACCAGCUUCUUUAUUAAAUCAACAAUCAAUGAUUGGUUCAAUAAGUUCAGAAAAAGAUAAUGUCGAAGAAGAAGAUAUUAAUUCAUUACCAAAAAAUAUUGAAACAAAACAAAAAGGAACAGUAAAAUUGAAUGUUUAUGUAUCAUAUCUUCGAGCUGGUAUUGGUGUCAGUUUGGGUUUUCUAUUAAUUAUAAUUAUAUUUUCAACACAACAAGCAAUAACUAUUUAUAGUAAUUGGUGGUUAGCAGCAUGGAGUAAUGAUGAAAGUCAUCAUCAUAAUCAGAAUUCAACCAAUUGUAUGGUUAUACAAGAUAAGAAAAAUGAUAGAAUAUAUCAAAUGAAUGAUAUUGAAUGGAAUACAUAUCGAAAUCGACGAUUUUAUAUAUUUUGUGUUCUUGUAUCUAUACUUUGUUUUUUGAUAUUUCUUCGUACUAUUGUCUGUCAACUUAUAUGUUUAAAUGCUGGACGAGUUCUUCAUAAUAAAAUGUUUAAACGAAUAAUCCGAUGUCCUAUAUCAUUUUUUGAUACAAAUCCUGUUGUUGAAACUCAAAUGACAUCAGUCGAACGAAUACUUGAAUAUUGUUCACUUGAUCAAGAACCACCUAAUCAAUUAACAUCUAAAUAUCGAUUACCAACAAACUGGCCAUCACAAGGUCGUAUUAUUUUUGAAAAUGUUUCCAUGUCUCAUUCAAAAGAAUUACAUUCACCAUUGGCUCUUCAUCAUAUUUCAUUAAUAAUUGAAUCUGGUGAAAAAAUUGGUAUUGUUGGAAGAACAGGUGCUGGUAAAAGUUCAUUUAUUCAAACUCUUUUUCGAAUGGGUACACUUGUUGAUGGCCAUAUUAUUAUUGAUAAUAUUGAUAUAGGAACUAUUGGAUUAGAUGAUGUUCGACGUCGUAUUUCAAUUAUUCCACAAGAUCCUAUUCUUUUUACUGGUACAAUGAGAAGUAAUCUUGAUCCAUUUGGUCUUUAUUCAGAUGUUGAAAUAUGGAAUGCACUUGAACAAGUACAAUUGAAAAAAUUAGUAACAGAUAUGAUGUUCAAUGGUCUUCAUUCAUUAGUAAGUGAAAGUGGAUCUAAUUUAAGUGUUGGUCAAAAACAACUGGUAUGUUUAGCAAGAGCUAUAUUGAAAAAGAGUAAAAUUCUUGUGAUUGAUGAAGCAACUGCUAAUGUGGAUAAUGUAACGGAUGAAUUGAUUCAAAGAGCUAUUCGUGAUAAAUUCAAAGAAUGUACAGUAUUGACAGUUGCACAUCGUUUGCGUACAGUUAUUGAUAGUGAUCGUAUCAUGGUGCUUAGUAAUGGAAGAUUGGUCGAAUUUGAUUCACCUCAAGUAUUACUUUCAAAUGAUUAUUCUCAUUUUAGUUUACUAGUAGAACAGACAGGAAUAGCUGAAGCUGAAUAUCUUCGAACAUUAGCAAACUCUUCUGAAUCAUAUACAAGACGGAAACAAGAUAUAUAUAACUUAGACGAUGAGCCAGCAUUAGAAACUAAUGAAAUGGAUCCUCUUGUUCCUUCAUUGAAAUCGUUGUAA